UUCCCCAAGCUUAAGCAGGAUAAUAAAAAGAAGGCCAUAAAAGGAUAUUGGCCAGAAGGCAGAACUCUUUACUUUAUUUAGUGGCCACUUCUUAUUAAGAUAUGGUUUCCCAUCCGAAGUCUGUGCUGCUGUUAAAGGAUUUGUUGCUUUGUAGUUCAAAUAGGUUGCCAUGGAUAUACUUGUUCAAAUAGGAUGACACGGGUACCCAAGCCCCAAUUCUAUUUCCUUGAUGAAUUGGUACACGCGCCCUGGCCUUGUCUUUCCAACUACUUAUUAAUUUAUUAUUAUGUUCAUUAUAAUGCCAUUAUAUUAUUCUUUGUCCAGCUUUUGUUUAUGAAUUUUCUUUCCUAUAUUUUCAUGUCCUCCUGUCUCUUUCUUUUAACCACCUCCCGAUCUCCUUCGUUUCGCAGCCCACUUAUCUCUCCCAUUUCUUUCCAUUGAAGCGUUCUGUCAAUCCUCUCUUCACCUUUCUCUUUCAUUCAAUGCUAUAUUUCUCUCUAACUCUGCCUUCAUUCACCAGCUAAGUAAGAUCUGUUUUUUCCCUCUUAAAUUCAUCCAAGAUUAUUGGAUUUCUCUUUUUUUUUUUUUGAAUCUGGGUUUGUUUCUAUUGAGAUUUGGGAAAAAACCCAUUUUGUUUUAUUGGCCAUUGUUGCCAAAUGAGUUGUUAUAAAGGUGAUAGCUUUCAGCUUGAAUUUUUGAAAGCGCUGUAAUUUGAGUAUUAGAUAUGCAUUGAUAUGUUGGUUUCUUUUUACUUGAAUGAUUUACUUUUCUGUAAUGUGUUGCUCUACUUUGAAACUCUUAUAUUUCUGUGAGGUGAAUGUGAGGUAUUGAUUUGAACUGAUGUUGAAAUUUUGUCAAUAGAUAGAGUGGUACUUAUAUUGGAUCAAUUCUAUAAUGGGUUUAAAGUUGUUUAUAGGGAAAAGAGUUAGUGAAGAUCUUGAAGUUAUAAUCUUUUCAUUAUGGAUUGCUGUUUUGAUUGGGAGUUUGUUGAAUGCUGGUCAUAUAAGAUGGUAGAACAAAGAUGCUUAUUUUCAGGAGUGGUACUUUGAAUAUAUUGGCGUUAUAAAUUGAUUGAGAUGGUGAAUAAUUUUAGUAGGAGUACAUCAUUCAACCGAAGGGCGUUGAAUGUUGAAAGCCCGAGAUUUUUGAGUAUUCCAAGCCCCAGAGCUUUGCAUGUUCUAAGCCCUAAACCUUUGGGAUUCGCUAGUCCUAGGGUUCAUCAUAGGUUGGCCUGGGUGUCGCACUUGUUUCCUGUGCUUCUUCUCAUCGGGGCUUUGAUUUCAUUUAUUAUAGUACUUGGUGGAGGUUAUAUGUAUGUUAUCCCUAGUCUCAGUCAAGCAUUUCUUGGAUAUGAUGUUUUAAAGUUCAAUGAUUCCAGCAAUGUUUGUGAUUUUUUUUAUGGAAGUUGGGUUAUAGAUGAUGGUUACCCCUUAUACAAUGCUUCAGAAUGUCCAUUUGCAGAACAAGGAUUCAAUUGUUUGGGAAAUGGCCGGGAAGACAAAGAUUAUCUAAAAUGGAGGUGGAAACCAAAAAAUUGUGAUAUUCCAAGGUUUAAUGUGCACAAUGUUCUGGAAAUGCUUCGAGAUAAGAGGAUUGUUUUUGUUGGAGAUUCUAUGAGUAGAACACAGUGGGAAUCAUUGAUAUGCUUGCUCAUGACUGGAGUGGAAGAUAAGAAGAGUGUUUAUGAAGUUAAUGGGAAUAAGAUAACAAAACGGAUCAGAUUUUUAGGUGUUCGGUUUAGUUCCUUCAAUUUUACUGUUGAGUUCUUUCGCUCAGUUUUCUUGGUGCAACAUGGUUGGAUGCCUAGACAUGCACCAAAGCGUGUUAGGUCAACCCUUAAGUUGGACAAAUUGGAUGAUAUUAGCAAUGAGUGGAUUAAUGCAGAUGUUCUCAUAUUCAACACAGGACAAUGGUGGGUACCAGGGAAGCUCUUUGAAACUGGUUGCUACUUCCAGGUUGAAAAUUCAAUAAAGCUUGGAAUGCCAAUUCCUGCUGCAUUCAGAAUGGCAUUAGGUACUUGGGCAUCAUGGGUUGAGAACAUGAUUGACCCAAACAGAACAGUUGUCUUUUUCCGGACAUUUGAGCCAUCACACUGGAGUGAAAAAUCCCGCAGGUUUUGCAAUGUGACUCAGAAUCCAUUAUCAGAAACUGAGGGGAGAGAUCAAAGCAUUUUUUCGGAGACUAUAUUCGAGGUGAUAAAGAAUAUGACUGUUCCUAUAACUGUUCUGCAUGUAACUUCCAUGUCAGCUUUCCGAAGGGAUGCACAUGUAGGUAGGUGGAGUGACAAUCCAUCAAUACCUGAUUGUAGCCACUGGUGUCUUCCCGGCGUACCUGAUGUCUGGAAUGAAAUUUUCCUCUCAUACCUGCUUGCUGAUUAUGAACUUCCUGUAGUGAAUGGAGAAUAAUUGGAUAAGCAAGCACGAUGAUUGAACUCUGGUCUGCAUUCACCUCCUCUCUGAACUCGAAAUUAACAUGGAUUGAAAUUUCUGGCCUCACAUUUAAGACCUAUAAUCCUAUGGGAACCAGUAUGACCAGUCUGCAAUUCUUGAGAAAUCCCCAAUUUUUUAUAGUGAAGAUGUAGAGUUGCACCAUAAAGCAAUUUGUAAGAGAAACUAUAUAUAUAUAUAUAUAUAUAUAUAUAUAUAUUUCCAUUCUUUCUUGCCCUUUUCUUACCUUUUACAUCUGAGAAGCGGCCAAAUUUGGGUAUUCAAAUGUAACUAGUUUAUCCAUAUCUGUUCAAAUAUAAAAAUUUUGAUGAU